AAUUCUUAAUUUUUUAUUUUAUUUUAUAAAUAUAUCGAGAGAAAGAAAAAAUCAAUAACUAUCCAACAUAAUCUUAUCCAAUAAAAUCAAUACCAUCCAAUAAAAAUAUAUCUAUACUUUAUAAAAUUCUAAAAAAAUCAUCAUCAUUACUAAUCAAAAAAAAAAAACACUAUACUAUUUUACCAAUCACAAUCGAAUAAAAAUAAUAAAAAUAUAUAUUAGUAAUCUUAUACAAAAAAUAAUAUAAAAAUGAUUUAUAAUCAACCUUUAAUCGAAAUAACAAAACAAGGAGCAGUAGCUGUCGAAGAGAUUAAAUUUUCACCUCCUAAACUACAAUCUUUAAUCGCUGCUGCAAACCAAAUGACAAAAAAUGGACCAGCUUUAAAAAAUAAACAUAUUCUUCAACUCCAAAAUCAGCAUUUGGGUGGUGCACCACAACAAUCAUCCAUAAUUUCUUUAAAUUCGUUAAAUCCAUAUUAUGCCCAACAAGUAUUAUUACAAUUACAAAAACCACACAACUUUAUUAAACAUGUACAUGUAGUAGUCAAAAACACACCAUUCAAUAUAACAAUGAGAUCCAACGAUCCACAAUUUAAUUUCCAUAAUUACGUUAUCAAAGCAACAUUACUCUAUGAUAGUGACCCACCAAAAAUGGUAGAUUUCAUUCACAACGAACCAUUACAAUAUGUUGCCACCGUUAGCGAUGAUGGAACCGAAGUUACUGUAGAAGUUAAAGUUGGCAUUCUUUCAAGUCAGCAUCAAGGCUCGAUGUUUCUUGCUGUUUUGCACAUCAGUCACACAACAGUACCACCACCAACAAGUAGUGAACCAAUUAUGACUAUCCUAAAUAAUAUUGGAAACAAUUCAUUAGCCAAUGCAUCACAGACAAUCUACAACAUUUGUAUGGUUUCGCAUCCAAUUAGAAUCGUAUCCAAGGUCGACCAUGUUAAAAAAGAAGGUAUUCCAAUCUUAAAAAAAAAAACAUUCCACGAAAUACUUACCGAUAAGCUAAAGAAACUUUCAAAAUUCCAAGAUGGCCAAAGCAAAUGGAUCAAGAAUCUUUACCAACAACACCAAAUAGAAUUUGAUAUGGAGCCAUACUGUCCAAAAAUAAAUGAUGAAAACUCAUCCAAUUCAUCUACACCAUCACUAAGCUCCUAUUCGAAUAGAUUAAAUGAUGAAGAUGAAGAUAAUGAAAGUGACGACGAUAGCGAAGAUGAAGACUUUAACAACAAUACCAAAUUUGAUAUUUCAAAGCAACAACAACAAAAUACAUUAAAUUUAUUAAAUAACAAUAUUAAACACCAACAACAACUACAUAAACAAUUACAAUAUGCCCAACAACACCAAAAACAACACCUAUUACAACAAGCACAACCACAACAAGCAAAUAACUUUCAAAACUCCUUUAAUAGAGUCGUCGAAGCAUUUAAAUAUGUACCUGAAAAUGAAAGAAAAGAUAUUAUACAAAAAAUGGUUGAACAAUUACGUUCUGACGAUUUGGAACAAUUAGUUUCAACAUUUAUGGACGAACUUGGUGCAAGUGAUACAUCAAGUGAUACUGGUACUGACACUUCAAAAGAUUCAAAUGAAACCAACUGCUAUUGUGAAAAUUGCCCCUCUAAAAUCGAAUUACAACGUUUUAUGAAUUUUUUUGUGCCACCACCUCCACCACACUCACUAUUCCACCACAAUACCCCAACUUUUAAUCAUGAAAUUUUAACUCCAAGUCCAAUAAUUAAUAGUAAUAAUAAUAAUAAUAAUAAUAACAAUAACAACUGUAAUAGUGCUGCAAGUAACAACAGUAAUGUACCAAUUCAAAAUGAUUUAUUACAAUUACCCGUUAUAUAA